GGCAGGAACAAAAGCAGAUGUCUCCCCCCACCUCUCCCUGACUCUGGAUAAAGGGAUGCAUUUGUGCUUCCCCCAGCAUUGCUGGAGAAGGGCCGGUCUGUGCUUUGUAGGGGGCUCGGCUUCAUGCAGCCUUGGAGAGCAUUGUAGCAAAGGAAAACCCGUGGAGGGGGAGCGGAGCUGCGGCAUCGCUAGAUCCACGUGGAAGGACACGACUUGCGGUCCAGGAUGCAUCGGCCAAUAAAGGAAGAACCCAGUUAUGGAACGGGCAGCCUUGAGAAUGCAACUCGGGACCCAAGCCAAGAGCAGCUGCAUGUGAAGCUUUGUAGUGGCUCCUGCCAUGCCGAGCAGAUCCUCCAGACGCUGAACUCCUUUCGGCGGAGUGGCAUCUUCACGGAUGUGGUGCUCGCAAUUGAUGGGCAGGAGUUCCCUUGCCACCGCGCCACCUUGUCGGCCAACAGCACCUAUUUCCGAGCCAUGUUUGGGGGCCGUCUCAAGGAAGGCCACCAAGACGUUGUUACCAUCCAGAAGAUCUCUGCCUCCAGCAUGAGCCUCCUCCUUGAUUACAUGUACGGGGGAAACAUCAUCCUCCAGGAAGACAAUGUUGAAGGCAUCUUGGAGCUCUCUGACUUGCUUCAGAUCUCUCAGCUCCGGGAUGCUUGCAUCCGCUUCCUCGAAAGCCAGCUUCACCCCUGCAACUGCUUAGGCAUGAUGAAGUUUGCUGACUCAUUUGCCAUUGCAUCCCUGGCGGAAAAGAGCAAGAGGUUCCUGCUGGAGUGUUUCGUGGAGGUGUCGUCCCACGAAGAGUUCCUGGGGCUGAGUGCAAAGGAGCUGGCUGGGUACCUGUCUGACGAGCAGCUGGUGGUCCCGAGGGAGGAGGUGGUCUUUGAGGCGGCCAUGAGAUGGGUACGCCAUGAUGCAGCUGCCAGGAAGGUGGCCCUGAAGGACCUGCUGGAGCAUGUGCGCCUCCCUCUGCUGGACCCCACGUACUUCCUGGAGAAGGUCGAAAUGGAUGAACUCAUCCAGGACUCCAGAGAGUGUAUCCCUUUGCUGCACGAGGCGCGCAAGUACUACAUCCUUGGGAACGAGGUUGGCUCCCUGCGAUCCAGGCCGAGGAGGUUCAUGGAAUUGGCAGAGGUCAUCGUCGUUAUUGGGGGCUGCGACAAGAAAGGCCUCCUGAAGCUCCCUUUCACCGACAUGUACCACCCCAAGAGCAGGCAGUGGACGGCGCUGUCCAGUCUGCCCGGAUAUACCAAGUCGGAGUUUGCUGCCUGCGCCCUGAAGAACGACGUGUACAUAUCAGGAGGGCACAUCAACAGCAGUGAUGUCUGGGUGCUCAGCUCCCAGCUCAACGUGUGGAUCAAAGUCGCCUGCUUGCAGAAAGGCAGGUGGAGGCACAAAAUGGCAACUCUUCAGGGAAAGAUCUAUGCCGUCGGUGGGUUUGAUGGCUUUUACCGCCUCUCCAGCGUCGAAUGCUAUGAUACUUUCUCCAAUCGUUGGUCAAUCGUGGCGCCUUUGCCCCAAGCAGUGAGCUCGGCAGCCAUCGUCCCCUGUCUCAACAAGCUAUAUGUGCUCGGGGGUGCUGUGGAUGACAGUGUGAACUCGGACAAGGUCCAGUGUUACGAUCCUGAAGAAAACAAGUGGACGCUCCUGUCUCCCACCCCCUUCUCUCAGAGGUGUAUUAAUGCCGUGUCUUUGGACAACAGGAUUUACAUUGUGGGUGGGCUCCUGAAUAAAAUCUUCUGCUACGACCCCAAGGAAGACACCUGGAGGGAAGUGGCCGCUCUCCCGGGACCUCUGGAGAGCUGCGGUGUGACGGUUUGCGGUGGCAAGAUCUACAUCCUGGGAGGCCGGGAUGAAAAUGGGGAGGGCACCGACAAGGCCUUCACCUUUGACCCAGCCACGGGGCAAGUGGAGCAGCAACCCCCGCUGCAGCGCUGCACCAGUUACCACGGCUGUGUCACCCUCCUCCAGCGCAUCAGCAGAUGACCUCCGUCUGGAAGAUGAGCAGAGAUUCACUAUAGACCCCAGGUUCCCAUUGGGACGCAGAGAGAAGGGCUCCAUUUUGCAGAUGCGUGCAUGUGUAACCCACCGGUUGGUAUGUGCUGCGUGUCCCUGCUCUGUGCACAGCUCAUAGAAGAUGUGAAUCUCCCAUGACCCCAGUACAGAACCUGGAUCUUUUAAUUCAAAUUGGAAAGAGGCAUGGGUUUAGCACUGGGACAUUCAUAGGGUCAUAGAAAAUGAAGGUGUGAAGGGACCUCCUGAGGUCACAUCUAGUCCAACCCCCUGCUCAGAACAGGACCAUC